UGAGACCACAACGGAACGUUAGAAGAAGACGCCACUGUUUGCUGGAGCGAAAUAUUGGAGAUGUAUCUUGAAACUACGCUACCUUAAAUUUAUAAUGAGUUUAUCUCUGCGUGGCAGCACGUUUAUCGUAAUUGUCUCCUCCUCCUCGAAUGUAGAGUGUGAAGCUUCCGCUGCGUUUUAAUUCAUAAAUUGCACAGCGGGCUCCUCUUGUGCCUAACCCUUGUGUAAACAAAGAGUGUGUUACUAACGUGUCGUAGUUCAGUUGAACCGAGCAGUCGGACAUUUAUCGUUCGUAAACAUGACGGGGAUAGCGUCUCCAGAGAAGGCGUCCAGCUCCAAGAAGAAGAGCGAGAGGAAAUGUGCUCUCAAAGAGGAGUACAGACAGCUGUCCAGCAUCAUGGGAGUCAUGAACAACCUGAGGAAGCAGGGCACCCUCUGUGAUGUGACCCUGGUGGUUCAGGGGAAACACUUUCCUGCCCAUAGAGUGGUGCUCGCUGCUGCAAGCCACUUCUUCAGCCUCAUGUUUACCACCAAAAUGAUGGAGUCGAUGUCCCAUGAGGUGGAGCUGAGGAGUGCUGAGCCUGAGAUCAUUGAGCUGCUGAUUGAGUUUGUCUACACGGCUCGGAUCUCCGUAAAUAGCGGCAAUGUCCAGUCUUUGCUGGAUGCAGCCAACCAGUACCAGAUUGAGCCUGUGAAAAAGAUGUGCGUGGAGUUUCUCAAAGGACAGGUUGACGCAACAAACUGCCUGGGUAUUUCAUCCCUUGCAGACUGUAUGGACUGUCCUGAGCUAAAAGCAGCAGCGGAGGACUUCUUCCAACUCCACUUCACUGAAGUCUACAAACUAGACGAGUUCCUGCAUCUAGAUGUUAAACAACUCACACAUCUAUUACACCAGGACAAACUCACUGUUCGUGCAGAGGCUCAGAUUUAUGACGCAGCAGUGCGCUGGCUGAAGUACGAUGUGUGUAACAGACAGCAGUACAUGGUGGAGGUGUUGGGGUGCGUUCGCUUCCCCUUGGUCUCCAAAACCUUCCUGUCUAAGACGGUCCAGGGUGAGCCCCUCAUCCAAGACAACCCCCAGUGCCUCAAGAUGGUCAUCAGUGGAAUGCGCUACCACCUGCUGUCCCUGGAAGAUCGGGAGGACCUUGGAGAGAGCAGCCGACCAAGAAGGAAGAAGCACGACUACCGCAUCGCUUUGUUUGGAGGCUCCCAGCCACAGUCCUGCCGCUACUUUAACCCAAAGGACUCCAGCUGGACAGACAUCCGCUGCCCAUUUGAGAAACGCAGGGACGCAACAGCUGUAUUCUGGGAUAAUGUGGUCUACAUUCUGGGUGGCUCACAGCUCUUCCCUAUCAAGCGUAUGGACUGCUAUAAUGUGCUGAAGGACAGCUGGUACUCAAAGCUGGGCCCACCCACACCACGCGAUAGUCUGGCUGCCUGUCCCGCUCAGGGAAAGAUCUACACAUCCGGGGGUUCAGAAGUUGGUAGCUCGGCCUUGGACCUUUUUGAAUGUUAUGACACAAGGACGGAGUCGUGGCAGGUGAAAGCCAGCAUGCUGAUGGCUCGCUGCAGUCACGGCUCAGUGGAGGCCAAUGGGCUCAUCUACGUCUGUGGAGGAACAGUGGGCAACAAUGUCUCUGGCAGGAUCCUCAGCAACUGUGAGGUCUAUGAUCCCAGCACACAACAAUGGAGGGAGCUGAGUGGGAUGAGAGAGGCCAGGAAGAAUCACGGACUGGCGGUGGUAAACAACAGGAUCUAUGCCGUUGGAGGGCAGGGACCGUUGGGCGGACUGGACUCGGUGGAGUACUACGACAUUGCCAGUAAUGAGUGGCGAGCUGCUUCUGCGAUGCCCUGGCGGGGUGUGACAGUGAAGUGUGCAGCAGUCGGUGUUGUCAUCUAUGUGCUGGCUGGGUUUCAAGGUGUGGGCCGGCUUGGACACGUCCUGGAGUACCACACUGACACCGACAGGUGGGUGACUUGCAGCAAGGUGCGAGCGUUUUCUGUCACCAGCUGCCUGAUCUGUGUGGUCGACACGUGUGGAGUCAAUGAAGACGAAGACAUGGACUUAAUAGACUCUCAGUCACACGCCACGUCCACUGCCCCUGCGUCUGACUCUGCCUCAUCAUCAUCCUCAUAGGACGAGAGGACGUUUUUUUAUGCACAUACUUGUGAUGUUGAGAAAUUGUGGCAGCCACUGCGUUAGCAUGGCAAAAUACAAAUUGGAGCUGAUUCAGGUGAGACAGAACCUGGCGGAGUCAGUCGCCCAAAGACACCUCGUGCAAAUAUGCAUAUUCAUGUGUAUACUGUGAGUACUAUGUUCUUCAACCAUGUCUAGUAGCUAAACUUUUAUUUGCACCUGAGUUGUUAUGGUUCCAGUGAGACACCAUCCACACAUCCAUGUUUUACAGGACAAAGAGACUUUUAAUGAUUAAUUAAUUUACCAAAAACAACUGGAAGUCCAAUCCAGUCAGAGAAGUGAGAAUUUGAGUUGAUGUCAUUUUCUUUUUUAGCUUGUGAAAUUUGUAUGGUUACAGAAUUUAGAUGUGCUGUUUUUAUUAGUUCUUGAAUCGUGGUUGUUGUAUGUCUGUGGACUGUUAUUUAAAACUCACUCUGCAGCAUUAAUUCCUUUGAUUGAAAUAUUUUAUUCUCAGCUGUAUGUACAUAGAAACAAGCUGAUUGUCAUUUAAAGAAAAGGGUCUAAGUUUGAUUUAUAAUUUUUAAUAUAAAAAGAGUAAACAACUCAAAGCAAGCAAUAAAGCUGCUGACAUAAAACAUUU